AGUACAGCAGGGGGCGCUGUGCACGUGAGUCCGCUUUACAUCCGCGCGCAUUAACAAACGAAGAAGAAGCAGCAGAAAAGGCGCGCUUACUGUCGGUUUGGAUCCCACGAACAAACUGAAAGGAAGCAUUGUCCCCACGAUGGCUCAGGUUGACAAGUUCCAGGACUUGGAGGAGACAGGGAAUGCUCUGGUGUCGUUCAUCAACAGCAGCAGGCCUGAGAAACUGAUGAAGGUGAGGGGCGAAACACAGGCUCUGUUCGAGAAACACAUGGAGACCAAGAAGCUGGUGACGCAGAUUUUAAAAGAUGUGGCUCAGGUGGAGGAGGCUGCUGGUCAGAGGCUAAUGGACAUGGAGGCGGAGAAGAACCAGAUGGAGGAGGAGCUCCAGAGCCUGGAGGAUCAGCUGAGGCGGUGCAGCGCCAAGAGCCAGAUAACCGACUCAGAACUGGAAUUUCUGCAGAAGGAGUUAGAGAGUCUGAAAAACAACGAACACGAGCUGGAGGCUCUUCGGAGUGAGGUGGACGAAGACACGGAAGAGGUCAUCCCUUCAGCUGUAUAUGUGUCUCAGGUGUACUACCUGAUAACGAAGAUCAAGUGGGAGUACGACACGCCACCCAACAUCUUAAAAGGAGUUCACUACGGAGCCGACAUGGCAUCUCCGAUCAACAUUGACACGUCUAACAUAUCACCGAGCGACGUGAGCGACCAACUGUGGAGCUUCGUCAGCACCGAGUGGUAGUUGCAGGCGUUGUGAAGAACUGCGUGUACUUUAUUUGUGUUGUCUGUCUGUUAUAUUCUAUACUACGUUUACACUGUUUCUGAAAAUUAAAUAUCUCACAACUUUCAAA